UCUCACUUCACAGACACAGCUAAGCGGAGGAACUCCUGGAUCAUCACUGAGCCCCCGAGUAAAAAUGAAGAAAUCUCUGAGGUUAUUAGCUGUACUUCUGGCUUUCUUGCAUGAAAUUUCAGCCACACAGCUCCAAUUGAACGGUGAAAUUCGUGACAAUCAGCUUCCUGCCAACAUUGGUAGUCCUGCUCUUCUCACUUGCGAAGUUGUUAACAACACAAAUGCUGAGACCUUGAUGUGGUACCGAGGGACCCAACAAGUGGACGUUAAGGCUGAAAACAAUGUGAAUGUCAGUCAUGUGUGCAUCCCAAACGUGACCUCUGAAGACAAUGGAGUGAGCUUUACCUGUCUAUUGAAGAGUGACACCUCCGUCAAGCUGUCCAUGCAACUGAAUGUCCCAUUUAAUCCUGUUCUGUCUGGAGACACCAUCAUCAAUGGGGAAGAGAGCAAAACAGUCCAGAUCAUUUGUGGUUUCAAGGCCAACCCGGCUGCCGCAAUGUUUUGGAGAAAAAAUGAGAAAUUAUUCACAUUACCUGACCACUACAAGCAGGACAUGACCACCGACAGUCUGCAUCUCACGAUCGAAAAAGUGACAAAGAAAGAUUCCGCUAAUUACACAUGUGUAGCUUUGUCCAACGGCACUGAGACCACCAGAGUGUUUGAGCUGAUUGUUGCAGAUCGAAAAGAGGAACUUCCUGUGGAGGCAAUCGCAGCAGCUGUGGUGGUUGGGGCCCUCAUAAUCGCCUUCGCAAUUUUUGCACGGAGAGAUAAAAUAUUUAGAUGCAAGAAGGCAGAAGACGAGACCGCCAUGUAGUGAUGUAUUAGAAGAGACUGCUGGAUCUUUAUCAAGAGAAGCCAUUGAUUUCCAUAAGUACUCCAUGUCUGCUUUCAUUACUGCAACUCCUUCUUUGCAAGAAACUUUCUUCAGGUUACAGCUGUUCUCUUUAUACUCCACCCGAUUACCGACAUUGUAACCUUUCCACUGAUGCUCAGGAAUUGUUUUACAGCAUUUCCUUCUUUGGGGUUGAGGCACAAUGGGCUUUGAACUCAUCAGUCAGUAUAUUACCAUCAAACUAAUUCUGACUCAUGGACAUUACAAAACCAUCUCCGCUCCUGGUGUAAUUCAUGAUUAUCGAUGUGGCAUUGUGAAUUGCAGUGUAAUUGCCUAAGACAGUCUAUAAAAUGCUGCUAUAUUACUUGCAUAGCGCCUUCUGAGUCUGAAUUUAAAGAGGACCUGUCACCAUUCCUGACAUGUCUGUUUUAGUUUCUACUUGCAUUCCCCAUGAAAAAAAACUAUUCUGGAGCAUCUAUUCCUCUAACUCUCUGUUGUGCUAUCCCUUUAUUAUUACUGCUAGAAAUUAUAAAUGAAUUGCA